CCCAAGACAACCGCAAAAUAUGGAGGCCAUCCUUGGAACCCAGGAAGAGGACUGGCCCGAGGUCGACGUAGACUCCGACACGGACGAAGGGAGAGAAGCGAUGCGACGUGCUGAGAUUGCUUUCCACGCGACCAUCGAGCGUUCCAUCAGGCAACAACACACGCAAUCAGCUGACGGCACCAUUCCACUGGCGCUUUAUGCCAAAGCACAGAGUCACCACGACCAGCUCACACAGGACGAGCGCAGCCUCCUCAACAGCCGUGGGGACGUCGUAGGCAAAGCGCUCGCCAAUCCCGACUCUCUCACCCCCGACGAGACACACCAGGUCCUGUUCUGGCCGCCGCCGGACGUGGUGCGCGCCAACAUCCAACGCGCCACCGGCGGGAAACUCAGCACACCCGGCGAGCUCUACGCCAAAGGAAAGGAUGCGGUGGACCGUGGGCAGUUCGCGACGCUGUUGAACGAGGAUGAGAUUGCAUUGCUGGCACGCAGCUUCCAUGCCACGGACGACGAGACCUUCUCCCCAGUAGACAGAUCGAAUGCUUUUGGCGCGCCGGGAGCUGGGCACGCUGUGGAGCUGAUAUCGGGCCGUUUGGGAUUGGAUGUUGUUGUCUUUCGGACUGCUUCGCUACACCAUAUGCACCAGAUGAGCCAAAUGCGACCUAUGACACUGGGGCUUCCCAGCCCCGGACUAUUGCAAUCCAUUUCGUUGCGGGAACCUAACACCACCACGCCAAGAAGUCACUUCGACCCGAGACAACAACCCCACGACAUCAUCCGCGCCAUGGCUUCUCUCCAGGAGGAGCAUGAACUCGGCAACGUGACAGACGAACCGGUAGCCGCCCGUAACAGGGAGUACCUCGCCGCCCUCCAAGCUACCUCUCCACAGGCUGGGGUUUCUAUCUCCACUCUAUCACCAUCAUCAUGGCCCAUGACGUCUCCUCUAUCGCCCGCUGACCGUUUCGGAUCUGGGCCCUGGCCACCAACUGUCCGAUCGCGCGGUCCCAUCGACCUUUUCCGGGAGGACACGCACCUCUCGGGCUUCAGUGUUGAGCCGGGAUGGUUUGCUCUCUCAGAGGGCCAACGGGACACUUACCGCGUUCGAUCCGAAACGCUCCGCCGUAAGGCAUGGGUCGAGAAUGAGACAGCUCUGGCAGCGGUUACAUCACCUACUGGUUUUCCUCGUUGAG